AUGCACACGCACAACACGCACAGCCCUGCGCGCUACUUUAUGCUCAAGCGCGACCGCGGGCUUCCCCUGAAAGUGGACUGGCUUGUGCCGUGCGGCGCCAAAGGCUCCGGCCAGCUGGUGGUCACCAGCGCCGAUGGGUCGAGUGGCGGCUUCCUGGACGCCAGGGCCACCUUCACCGUGAACGCAGCCUGCGCUGCCGCAACCUGCCCUGGUGCCAAGGCUGCCGCCGCCGCACCUGCGGCCGCUGCUGCGGCAUCGGCCGCGCCUGCGGCCAAACCCGCGGCCAGCCCCGCUGCUUCGUCCACUGCGCCCAAGGCCGCCGCCGCGCCUGUAGCUGCUGCCGCGCCUGUGGCCGCCGCCACCACCAAGGCCGCCACCACCACCAAGGCCGCCGUGGUGGCGCCUGCGUCGGCGUCCAACGCCACAGUGGUCCCUGGCUGCACUCAGUCGGCUUACGGCUACUCCUGCGUCACCACGACCCGCAAAAACACCAAGGUGCACUACUCACUGGGGGGCGCGACCGCCCCAGACAAUGUGUGCACUCGCGGCGCGUCACCUGCGCCGCCGGCAAACGCGGGCCAGAGUAUGCAUUUUCUUUAUGAGGGCCAGGAGUCGGGCUGGGCCUCUGCUGGCUUCACCGCGACCGCCGGCGCUAUGUACCCCGCCGAUGUCGUGCUGGGCUACAUAGACGCCAGCGGCAGCCCAAAGGUGGCCAGCUACCACCUGGUCAGUUAUGAGGUCGCUCCAGAGGACGCGACGACCGGCUGGGCCUACAGCAUGGGCGUCGUCCAGCAGGACGGCAAAACCAUCGUCUGCUUUUCCAGGCCCGUCGACGCGCCCGCUGCCAAGGCAUCGCCCAAGCUGAACCUUCCGGGCACUCAAAACAUGAUCUGGGCCAGCUCUGACAAGUCCCGUCUCGCACAGCACAACAUCUUUGGAUCCUACUCACCAGACCUCCGCCCCCUCGUCGCGGCGGCCGCGGGCGACGCCGCCCGCGCCGCCGCGCUCUCCGCCGCCGUCCCGCCGCUGCCCGCGGCUUCCGACGAGGACGCCGCCGUGGCCCGUGCGCAGCGCGCGCGGUGGGCGCACGGCGCGCUCAUGCUCGCCGCCUUUGUGCUACUUAUGCCGACGGGCAUCCUGACGUCCCGCCACAAGUGGCUCUUUGGUGACAAGGACGCGGGGAAGAUCAAGGGCCACUGGUACCACGCCCACAUCUACAUCCAGUCCCUGGCGAUCGUGCUGGCCAUUGCGUCGACGAUCCUGAUAUUCGCUGUGUUUGGGCGCAACCGCCAGCGCGUUUCGGACCUGUACACGCCGCACAUGGGGCUGGGCCUCUUUGCGGUGGCGGCGGCAUUCAUCCAGGGGUUCAUCGGGCGGUUCAGGCCGGUCAUCGCCGAUCCCAAGCGCUCCGCAUGGCGUUUCCUGCACUAUGGCUGGGGAUGGGUCAUCGUCCUCGCGGGGAUUGCCAACUGCGGCAUUGGCAUUGCCCUGAUCUACGCCCUGCAGGAAGACAACCUGGCCUACUGGGUCGGCCCCGCGGCCGCCGUGCUGGGGCUGCUGCUCUUUGCUGCGGUGCCGCUGGAGUUUGUGCGCGCCAAGCUCAUGCGCGUGGGCCACUACAACCCCACGGACCACUCCUUCCACCCCAAGUCUGAGCAAUCCAUCACGCCUGAGGGCUCCUACGCCCCCGAGAAAAAGCAGCUCGUCCCCAACGGCGCAGCCUGA